AUGGCCAAUUCCAGCAAGUCGUUUGAUGAUGUCCUUGUCCGCUGGCAGCUUGAGCAUCCCUUCUCAUUCUGGCUAGCACGCCGGCAGGGGUGGACGGCGCAAGGAUGCGGGAGGUGCAGGAUUAGGCUGUUUGCCGCAUUUGCUUCAAGACACGCGCGACUCAAGCAGCAGAGAGGCGCUGCGGCAUCCGUCACGGUCGUCCCCCUUCAUCUGCCGGCUUCACUGCUUGUUACAAAGAGGUGUUAG